AUCAGACAAAGCACACUGGAUACGAGCUGCCAGCAGUUCCUGAUGACUUGCCCAGGCGAUGCAAAGUCCGCCUGGCCGGCCUGAUUCGCCAAAGGCGAGCAGCCCCCUGCCAAAGUCGGACGCAGGGGAAGCGCGGGCCAGCCUGAAGCGGGCCUCGCUGAAGGACCAGACACCUCUGGUUUUACCGGUGGUUUCGCCAGAGGAAGGAUCCCCGGUGACCCCGGCCUCGCGCAGGACGAGUGUGAGGCUGGCUGAAAGCAAGCCUUCUUCUGCCAGGUCACAGGCGGCCGGCCGGCUGAAGCCCAAGGCCAAGGCCCGGGUGGCCCAGAUCAGCUUCGAUCACUUCCGCCGCAACAAGGAGCGGGAGCAGCAGGGCGCGGCGGUCUACGACAUCAGGACUGCCAGGAGCGGAGUGCUGCAAUCGCUGCGCGUGGGCUCGAUCGACCAAUCGCUGGAUGCUCACUUCGAGGACUUCCCCUUCUUCGCCAGCAGCGUGCCGGAGGUGAGCGAGGUCCAGGACCCCUCAUUGAUGAGCCCAGGAGGAGCCGAUCGCAGCCGCCCGGGCACCAGCGGCAGCACCAGCCGGCCAGGCACGCGGCAGCUGGCGCGCCAGCGCGAGGCGCAGAUGAAGCUCAUAGAGGCCAAAGAAGACCUCGAGCUCGAGGAGGACAAUGAUGAGACCUUCAUCUCAGUGGCUCAGCGUGAGCAGCUGAAGCAGGAGUACUGGCAGGAGUACAACGAGGCGGGCAGCGCCAAGAAGACCCUGAGCGAGUUCGAGGAGUGGCAGAGGGUCCUGCACUGUGGCAAGACGGAGGCCUCGACCACCGCGGCGUCCGACGCGGAGGAUGGCCUGAUGAGCCGCAUAAGCGUCGAGGACACCGAGUGGCGGAUCUCCCACCUUGGAUUCACCAGGCGAUCUGACCACGAAGAGUACGUGUCAGACUACUACCGCCGGUGUCGAGAGAGGCACUACAUCCCCCUGGGUCCACGCGGCACACCCCGGGACAGAAAGGGACGCUCGCAGCCGGUGAUGGACCCUGUGACGGUGGAGCCGGGUGUCAUGAACUUUGGGGGCUGGAGCUUGGGUUCGGAGCGCCUGGAGAUGCUUUGCCAGGCCCCUGGAGCUGUGGAGCACUGCACCCGCUGCGACCUCUCGGCCAACCGCAUCGAGGACCGGUCAGUGGCCAUCAUCUGCGAGAAGUUGCUGCCAAAGGCAGAGGCUCUGAACCUCGCGCAGAACUUCAUCGGGCAGAAGGGCAUCCGUGACUUUGAGGCGGCCCUGCGGAAGAUCACGGUGGCGCCGCUCCUGGAGCUGAAUUUGCAGGGCAACCGCCUGGGCACGCCAUUCGGCGCGAGCGUGGUGGCGGACGCGUACGAGCGGGACCUCUGCAACUUUGUCGGCGCGCUGUCCACCCGUGCCCCCGAGCUGCGGGCCCUGAGCCUGGCGCAGAACGGGCUUGGCCGGGUGAAUCACGAGCUGGGCAAGGUGCUGGGGGCCAUGAUCGGCGACCUGAAGUUCCUGCGCGUGCUGGACCUGCACUGGAACAGCUUCAACGGCCUGGGGGCGUUCAAGCUUUUGGAGGGCCUCUAUGACAACCGGGCCGGCGGCGGCAGGCUGUCGCGCGUGGACCUGAGCUGGAACCGCCUGGGCACCGGUGCCAAGCACUGCAGCCCGGCCAAGAUGCUCUCCGAUGUGCUCGCGAACAAUGACAACCUCUUCCACCUCGACAUCUCCUACAACUCCAUGGGAAUUGAGGACUGCUCCGUGAUCGCCGCCGGGCUCCGGCGCAACCACACCCUCUUCGGGCUGCACGUGGCCGGCAACGAGGCCUUUGUGGACGAGCUGGGCUUUUUGGUGCCCUUGACUGAUCCAAGAAUGCGCUUGGCGGGCAACAACGUGGAUCUUCAGGCGGCGGAGAACGUCUUGCCAGAGGGGGCGGCCUGGUCGGUGGAGGAGGCUGCAAGGCAACUGCUGGGCCGGGAGGUCCAACAUCCCAGCUUCCCGGUGGUGGAGCAAGGAGGAGUCGCGGUGUGCUGGGACGGUCGCCGGGGCUCCGUCCCACCCCCUCCGCCCACCGACCGCCCGGAACUGCGCCGGCCAGCCAGGCGGAAGUACCCGCCGGAGAAGCAUCGGACAACGUCGCCGAAGGACAAGCCCUGGGAAGAGUGGGAGGACAAAGACCACAGCCUUCUGCUGGCCCAGUCGUUCGAGUCGGCCAACCUGGAGUCCGUGGCUCUGCGGGCAGAGAGGUGCUGGAUCUGUGACAGGUUUCAGACGGUGAAGAUCGUGUGGACUCCCUCCAUCUCUGGGCGGCUCGAGGAGGAUGAGGUCAACUGCGUGCACGCCUACCUGAGCACUGACGACUUCCACCGCCCCACCAUCCUGAGAAAAGCCAAGUCCGAGGGCCAGGCCACUCGCUUCGUGGGGCACCGCAUGGUCCCCAAGAUCAAAGAGACCCUGCUGGUGGUCUUCCGCGUGAAUGCCGUGAUCGAGGUGGCGCACGACAUGCCGGUGCGGUUCCUGCCUUGCCCAGCCAAAGUGUGUGAGGUGAAAGAGGCCGAUUUGGCGCACUGGGAGGCAGAAGGCUCCGCUCGGGACAUGCUGCCCCAGGACGCGAACUCCGAGACCCUUUGGGCCAAUGAGCUGCUCGUCAAGGAGCGUGCCAGUCCUUUGGUGGUCACGGAGGACGCUGUGGCAGAGGGUAAGCUGGAGGUGCAUCCUCGCACAGUGGACAAGAUUGAGGUGUCGGAGGUCCGGGUCUGGGACAUCUCCGGCUCCAUGUUCGCCUCCUGGCGCCAGCCGGAGAAGGCCAUGCAGGACAAGAUGCUGGGCAUGGACCUGAAGUUCUGUCGGAUCCAGAAGUUCGCGCCGGACCAAGAUCCCAGGAAAGUCAAGCAGGCGCUGCUGCCGCACUACCGGCACCUGGUGGCGAUCUAUCGCAAGAUGUGCUGCUGGAGUGAGAAGCAUCAGGUUUUCGGGGUGAGUCUUCACAACGUCACCGCGUUGCUGCGCCGGAGCCACGCCUUCGACCGCGCCGCGCAGGCGGAGCAUUUGCCCAGCAUGGCCUUUGCAGCCCAUGUGGUGGAGAGGAAGAAUGCCGAGGAGAUCAAGGUCUUCAGCGAGUCCUACCUGAUUCGGUACCAGUUCGUCGAGACGCUGCUGCGCCUGGCCGAGGCCAAGUACGUGAAGACCAACCGCGCCGAGGAUCUGGGCGAGGCGAUCGCCAUGCUGAUGACGCAGCACCUCGAGCCCGAAGUGCAGCACUUGACGGAGGAAGCUGAGCAGUUCCAGCGGGAGGUGAUGACUGAGGAGGUGGAGUGCGUGUUCAAGAGCAACCUGAAUCUGCUGAAUGCGGCGUACAACAUCUAUGCGGGGAUCACAGAAGUGCCGGAGCAAAUGCCCUACGUUGCAGACCAGACGUCCAGCAAGAGGAAGGUAACGCUGCCGGACUUGUACGAGCUCCUGGACGAUUGCGACGCCUACGACGACCGGUUCCUGCGGCGGCAGACGUCCAGGGCGUUCUCGCUGGCCAACAUGUGGCAGGUGGAUGAGGUGUCCACGUCCCGGCACAUGUACCUGAACUUUGUGGAGUUCCUGAUGGCCCUUGGCGCUGUUGUCUUCCUCAAGGAUUUCUACAAGCCCGCAGAAAUGGCCGACCUUCUCGAGGAGUUUUUGCUGGAUCAGCUCCAGCCUGUGGUUCUGGAUUACAGGUCCCGGAACGGCAAGGGCGGGCAGGAGUUGCUCACGCACAAGACUGUGCGCGCGGUGGUCAAAGAGGUUUUCAAGGAUGUGGACGAGGAUGCCAACCAAGCGCUGUCCAUCCGCGAGUUCGGACGGUGCCUACAAGAUCCGCGGACCCAAGAGCUGCUGAUGAACCGGGAGUUCCGCAUCGAGGACGUGCUCAACGUCUUUGGUAUGCUGGACACGGACGCCAGCGGCGAGCUGAACUUUGGGGAGGUGGUGCACGGCCUCGGCGCCCUGUUGAAGGUGGAGCAAACCGAGCCCCGCAUCCGCGCCUUCUUGCGGAAGGAGCUGGGCAACGAAGAUGGCAGGGGCCAUUUCACGGGUGUGAUGCUGGCGGAGUUCCUGGAAAAGAGCACCACUCACCGAAAGCUGAUGAGGGUGGGCAUCAACGUGCAGGAGCUGACAAAGCUGGUGCUUCAAAUUCUCGAGGUGUCGCAGGCCACGCGCCACUUCGACCGCAUCAAACCGGCGCUCGAAGUGAUGUUAAGCGAGGCCGCCUCAGCGACAGACCGCAAGGAGGCCAAGCGGGAGUUCACCGCCGUGCUCACCAACAUGCGCAAGGAGUCGCAACUCUACAGUGCCAACGACUUCACCGAGAAGUUGCUGCGCCUUCGGCAUCCCAAGCCCAUCUUGCGGUGGAAGAUUGUGAUCAAGCAGAUCUUUGAGCAGGCGGACACGGAUCAGUGCGGGUCCUUGACCAAAGAGGAGCGCUAUGCCUUCGCCUAUGGUACCCCCAUGCGGCCCAUGCAGAAUCAG